AUGGCCAGAAUUGGGCGUAUCUUGACCCUCGUGGUCUUCGCCGUCGUCGGCCUGUUCCUUUUCAUGGGACAGACGGUCGAGGCCAAAGGACCCAAGAUCACAAACAAGGUCUUCUUCGAUAUCGAGCAUGACGGCAAGCCUCUCGGACGGAUUGUCAUGGGAUUGUACGGAAAGACGGUGCCAGAGACUGCUGAGAACUUCCGUGCUUUGGCUACUGGCGAGAAGGGAUUUGGAUAUGAGGGAUCUACUUUCCACCGUGUCAUCAAGGACUUUAUGAUCCAGGGUGGUGACUUUACCAAUGGUGAUGGAACCGGUGGAAAGUCCAUCUACGGGGAGAAGUUCAAGGACGAGAACUUCAAGCUACGCCACACCAAAAAGGGCCUUCUCAGCAUGGCCAACGCUGGAAGGGACACCAACGGAUCUCAAUUCUUCAUUACCACUGCUAUCACUGCCUGGCUUGAUGGAAAGCACGUUGUCUUCGGUGAAGUACUCGAGGGAUACGAUAUCGUUGAUAAGAUCCAAGUCGUUCCCAAGGGCUUCCAGGACCGUCCCACCAAAGAUGUAAAGAUCGCCAAGUGCGGAGAGCUUGAGAUGAAGGAGGAAACUGAGGGUGAAGGUACUGAAUCACCAUCUAAGCCCGGCUCCGAGAAAGAAGAGGUCCCAGCCCGUGAUGAAAUCUAG